ACAAACCGGCACCGGCAGUCUUUGACUCUUUGUGUGUUGAUUGUCGAGUGAGAGCUGAAAUUGCUGAAAAGGAUCACAAAAUUCGAAAAUGAGUCGCAGCACUGUAGUCCACUGGUUUCGAAAAGGGUUGCGAAUUCACGACAAUCCUGCUCUGAUAGAGGCGAUUCGUGAGUGUGAGAAGCACGGGGGAGGCGCGUGUGAGCUGCGACCAAUUUUCAUCUUGGACCCGUGGUUCGUGAAAAACAUGAAAGUCGGACCGAAUCGAUGGAGAUUUCUGCAGCAAAGUCUGGCUGCUCUGGACGAGAGGCUGAAGGAAUUGGGCUCUGCCUUGUUCGUAAUCAGAGGAAAGCCGGAGGAGGUUUUUCCCAAAAUUUUCAAAGCCUGGAAUGUGAAAUUCCUCAGUUUCGAGCACGACAUCGAACCGUACGCGAAGGAAAGGGAUGAGCAAAUCGAGGCUUUGGCCAAGACCGCGGGUGUCAAAGUUGUUCAAAAAGUGUCGCACACGUUGUACGACCCGAUGAAGAUCAUUUCUGCCAACUUGGGCAAACCGCCCAUGACAUACCAGAAAUUCGUCAGUGUGGCCGAGGGUGUGGGGCCGCCGCCCCAGGCAGUGGAUGCGCCUCAAAAAGUGCCCAAAGGCUACAGCAAGGUCGAUGAGGAGAGCCACUUAAAAAUUCCCUCCGAAGAAGAUAUUUUCGGGCCCUAUAAAGUACCAAAUUUGAGCGAUUUUGGAUUAGAUGAAAAUAUUUUAGAGCCCUGCAUUUUUCUCGGAGGCGAAAUUGAAGCUCUGAAAAGAAUGGAAUCGGUUUUGGCCAGAAAAGCUUGGAUUUGCGAUUUUGAAAAGCCAAAUACGUCACCAAACAGUUUGUCUCCGAGCACAACCGUACUUAGCCCAUACUUGAAAUUUGGCUGUCUUUCGCCAAGACUGUUUUUCCACGGAGUUAAAAAGACUAUCGAAGGAAGAAAGCACAGCAAACCGCCAGUUUCACUAAUUGGGCAGCUGUAUUGGAGGGAGUUUUACUACGUCGUUGCCACCGCAACGCCAAAUUUUGAUAAAAUGGAGGGAAAUCCAAUUUGUUGCCAAAUCCCCUGGGGAACUAACGAGGCCCACUUAAGAGCUUGGAAAGAGGGUCGAACAGGAUACCCUUUUAUUGACGCAAUUAUGACUCAACUGAGAAAAGAAGGCUGGAUUCAUCAUUUAGCAACCUGCUUUUUGACUCGGGGCGACCUGUGGAUUUCGUGGGAAGAGGGACAGAAAGUGUUUGAGGAACUUUUGCUAGAUGCGGACUGGGCAUUGAACGCGGGCAACUGGAUGUGGCUUUCCGCGUCGGCCUUUUUCCAUCAGUACUUCAGAGUUUACAGUCCGGUGGUUUUUGGCAAGAAAACCGACAAAUUUGGCGAAUACAUCAAAAAAUACGUCCCUGUGCUGAAGAAGUACCCAGUGGAAUAUAUUUACGAGCCGUGGAAUGCGCCCUUGUCUGUGCAAAAAGCAGCAGGUUGCAUCAUCGGCCAGGACUAUCCACGGCCCAUUGUAAAGCACGAAAUAGUCCACAAGGGGAACAUUGCCAAAAUGAACGCUGCGUACAAGAAAAAUAAGGAAGGAAAAUCUGGCGGAGAUAAAGGGAAAAGACCUACUGCAGGAACCAGUUCACAAGCAAAGAAGCCGAAGAAAUCUUAAUUUAUUCACUACAUUUGUUCGUGAUCAUAAAAAUUAUCUCUGAUCUGCAUGUUAAUUUUUAAGUCUUUAUUUAUUACAUACCGACAAAUUCUGAAAAAACAUCAAUACAUUAUGUAAUUCUCAUUUUGAUAUGCAAAGAAAUAAAAAACAAG